GCCGGCACCGCCAGCCAGAGGGUGUUAGCACCUGUCAGCUAGAGACACCUCCGCCGCCGGCUGACCGAGGGCACCAGCCAACGGGAUGCGGAGCGACAGGCUCGGGCGCAUACACCGCAUCCAGCAGCCGGCGCUGGAGCAGCUGGAGCUGGCGCGCGACUACGAGGUGCUCAAGGUGCUGGGCGAGGGCUGCUUCGCGCAGGUGCUGCUGGCGCGACACCGCCGCUCCGGCACCACCGUGGUGCUCAAGGCCGUGCACGUGGAGCUGGCGCGCCUCAGCGACUUCCACCGCGAGCACCACUACAGCUACCACCUGAGCCCGCACCCGGCCAUCCUGUCCGCCUACAGCGUGGCCUUCCGCACCGAGCGCAGCUACGUGUUCGCGCAGGAGUUCGCCCCGCUCGGCGACCUGGCGGGCAACGUGCGCGCGGGCGGCCUGGGCGAGCCGGCCUGCAAGCACGUGGCGCGGCAGCUGUCCUCCGCCCUGGAGUUCGUGCACUCGCAGGACCUGGUGCACGGAGACCUGAAGCUGGAGAACGUGCUGGUGUUCGCGGCGGACAUGUCGCGCGUCAAGCUGUGCGACUUCGGGUCGACGCGGCGCGCCGGCAGCCUGGUGAGCCGCACGGCCACGGGCUGCGCGUGGCAGCCCUUCCUGCCGCCCGAGGUGUGCGACGCCGUGGGCGGGGAGCGCUACCCCUGCCGCGCCGCCGCCGACUGCUGGCAGCUCGGCAUCGCCCUGCAGGUGUGCCUGACGGGCUGCCCGCCCUGGCGCUGCGCGGACGCGGUGCGCGACGCGCGCUACGCCGCCUUCCUGCGCUGGCAGCGCCGCCGCACGACGCACGUGCCGCGCCAGUUCCACGCGCACGCGCCGCGCCUGCUGCGCCUGCUGCGGCGGCUGCUGGAACCCUGCGAGGAGAAGCGCGCCGCCGCCGGCGAGGUGGCCAAGUACCUGCGCGACGCGUGGCUGCAGGGCCGGGCCCCGCCUUCCCCCUCGCCCGGCCCCGCGCGCGCCACCGCCUCAAACCCGCUCGACCGCAAGAUGGCGGCCGGCCGCGUGUGGGAGUGGCUGCUCGCGUGCGACGGCUCGGCCGAGCCCGGCGUCGAGGGCGUCUGAGCUGCCAUCCAAUCAUGCCAAUACCCUACCCCCACGUCACUUUGUCCUUAUGACGCAAUACAAACAUUUAUAUUCCCAGGUAGCCAGGGGCGCAACAACAGGGGGGGGGGGGAAAGGUAUAUUGCCCCCCCCUCAGAAACCUUUAAGUGGAGACAAACGGGGGCAAAGAAAGUGCUGUGUUAUCAAUUUUUAGAUAAUAAAACUGCUUAAAUAGCACCAUUUGCCACCUUGAAAUACAAAUUUUCCCCGGGGGAGGAUCCCCAGACCCCCCCGCUUCAAUAGGGGGGAUCGAUGAUUCUUUAUAAAAAGGUAUAUUGCCCCCCUUUUGGAAAUUUAGUUGUUGCGCCCCUGCAGGUAGCCUAUGUUCCUGGAAUUCACUCUCGACCUUAGUACGUAGCAUUUAAUAAACUUGCAAUAUAUCCAUGGUAGAUGGCAGUUUCACAUUUGUAUUGCAUUUUAUAACGUCAACUAUUUUAGAGUAGAACAAUCUAAAAUAUGUAUUUAAA